AGAUAGUAUAGUCGGAGCGGCUGCCUUCGCUAUACUACGUUGUGCUGCUGACCCAAAUGAAUCCUGUGACCAGUCAGUCCCGGUCCGGGCUUCCUCGCGGCGAUAUUGCUCGCUCUAUAGCUGCUAUCGCGUAAACGUGCUCCUUUUUCACGCAUCAAGUCAAAUGACAACUUAAACAAUUUUGCUCGCUCUAUCAUUCACAUACUUCGAUGAUCAGCCGGCGAUCUCGCGAGGAGAAAUUGGCAGUUUAAUUAGAAAACCUCGGUGCCCAUAUUGUAACAACUGAUGGCCCAGUGAAAUUCUAAGGGCAUGCCAAACAGUGAAAGUUUCCAGUCGAUUAAUACGUACGAAGGAAACACGGUGACAGAUUUUUCGGAUGAUUCGUUUACUCAGGAAAAUGUUUCAUAGUGUUCGGACUUGACGUGACAUCAAAAAUUCAUAGUACGAUGUGUGUAUGAAUCGAUUUGUUCACAAUUCUGGCGGGAAUUGUUUCGGUUUUAAAGUGUAACGGAGAGGAGAUUGGUUUCCUGGAUUGGAAGUGAUCGUAGACAAUUUUGUACGAUCGUUAAUAUAGUCGUAAUACGCGGUACUUGGACCAGAACGAUUUGAGGCUGAGGAUGCCAGAGGCAGAAGCAAAAACGUAGAAAUAACGUCGCACCGGCCACGAGGAUCCGAUUGAUCGAGAUCGCGCGCAUCCGCAGGUUCCGAAUAGCGAUGCGGUUGCAUUCCACGGCGAGGAUAGUUCCGCAUAAUCACUAACACUCUGCAAGAUGCGAAGCGAGGUAGGAGAAUGGCUGCCCACCUGCGUAGGUUCUCCGAUAUGCAUCCUGCUGCUAUCUUGGUCGCUCUUGAUCUAUCAGAAUCAACCGUCCUCCGCGAAGAGGAAGAUCGACGUGUUCACGGUGGCCAUUCUCUCCGAGAGUUUGGUUCACCAGCUCGGAUUGCUAUUCUACGCCAUUCUUACGCUCAUUCGGCCGACUAAUCACUUCGGAGAAUUCUGCUCGACCCUAGUCUGGAUGCUAAACUCUUCCAGCAUCCUGCAAGAACUGACCCUAACCUCGAUCGCGAUUUUCACCGCGAUCAGCGUCGGAGAAGAAGCACUAAACCUCACGAAGAAUCAUCUGAAGUAUCAUCUGGUCAGUUUGAGCGUGAUCAGUGCCUGCGUCGGUGUCACCGGUGUCCUCAACUUCGAACCAGAUCUAUGCGUUUUUCUCGCCCAGGAGAUCUCUCUGAAGUACGGAGUCUUCGUGAAUUCUCUGCGAUGUCUGCUGGUAGCAGCGACCGUGAUCAGUCUGUCGAUGGCUUUGAUCAGGAGCGUGUGUCGUACGCCGAAAGCCGAGCUGCUGAAAUCAGUGUCGGAUCUGUCGGAGACCAGUUCGAAGAACUCGUCAGGAGCGUUUGAAUGCCAUCCUCAACAUUGGGAUCCCUCGAGCGGGUCGUGCACCAGUGGAUCCACUAACAGCAGAGCUUGUUUGCGAAAAAAGAGAGUCCAGAUUGACGAAGCUAGCGGCAGGUCAACGAUCUAUAGCAUUCUCUUCGUGUGCUAUUUCUUCCAGUAUCUACCGAUUUUAGUCAUAUCCAUCAAGCCGGGUCUCUUAAGGGAUUUCUGCACGCCCCAGAAUCUGGCGACUUGGCUGCCUCUGGUGAAGGACACCCUGCUGCCGGUGUUUUUGGCGUUGUUCGACAAAAUGUUCUGUCGCUACGUGGCAAAAGUGUACACGAAACAGGAUCACGCGAGGAGAUUGUCUCACGGCGGCAUCGACGGCAAGUUUCGCCAUUUCGAGCAUGACGCCGAGUACAAACUGCAGUUGAACCUGAACCACGGGCUCAAAUUCCCCUUGACUAACGGAAGCCUCUACGGCCGGUUGCACAAUCAUCAGAACAGAGGCAAAACUGGUACGAUAACGAUGGGGAUACAGCACUACCCGAGAACACAAUCGCUCAACGAAGACAAUAAUUACGCUUCUCUUCCCGCAGAACUCUCUUCUUUCACCAGCUCGACCUUCGAACCACAUCACGAGACGAACGUCGUCGAUGCAACGAGAAAGAACACCGUGGAUCAACAAAAGAAAUGUCCAAGACCAAACGAAAGUUUCCUGGAGUUGCCUGGAAGUCGUCGGAAAAUCGGCAGCACCGACGUCUUUGGUCAGAAUAUGGAGAAUCUGGUCCAACUGGACGACCCUUGUAGCAAACGGAAGUUCACAAAAAGUUUAGACGAGAUCCGUGAAGAACCUCCGAGGAGGCACGCGAGAAGCGCGCUUGGAUUGGAGAAUCUAAUUAUUGGUUUGGAUAACAAUCUCCAAGAAGAGCCACGCUGCCCUAGAAUCGCUCUGAGGAGAAAUCAGAGCUUCGAUCAUGCUAGAUGCCAAUCGUAUCAUCGACCAGCAUUGGACUCGAGGACAUACGACUUGAAAAAGCAAGAUCAGAAGAAAGAGCAACAAAGUAUCCAGAGACAAGAGACUCAGGAGGAAGGCGAUGGCUAUGAGACUUCUGACGACGAGAGCUGCGACUUGGAGAACGAAGAUUUCGACACAAUGAGCUCCUACAGGAGCAGAAGUAGAAGCUGUUGCUCCGUAACUACAGUGGCUAACGACGAUUUCGAAUACUUCCAACGUAAGGGAACUAAGGUGGAACUGCUGCCCUCGAAGAGAGCCAACGAGGUAAAGGUCAGCAUGCGAUCUUUCACGCCGAGGAUCAUCGAGAACAAGACGGAAGAGAGGAGGAGCAAUCCUGUGGACACGAAGCCCAGCAUACAGUCGUAUCACUUGAAGAAAACGAGAAUAGGUCCCGGCUACUCGAUGAACGAUCUCGACAAACUGACGAUCGAACGAAAGAUGCCGAAUCUAUCGAUCGAGAGCCUGAAGAGCACGCUGAAGAACUCGGACGUCAGCUAUUUGGACAAUGGGGACAUUUGCAGACACGACAUUGGCGGAUCUGCACCUGAUUUCAAGAAAAUCUUCGUUACUGAAUUUAUAUGAAAUUUCCAAAGGUAGAAUUCGUAUUUGAGAUUUUAUUAGAGUCGGAGAAUCUUCAUUUUCUAAGAUUUUAAAUCAUUUCUUUUUUUUUUUUUUUCUUGAUAGAAUUUGACUGAUUCGAGGAUUCAAAAAUAUUAAUUUAGAUACUUCUACAAAGGUAUUAAUUUUCGAACUGAUUGAAAAUGCCAAUUUUAAGUUGAGAAUUUAUUAUUUCCUAAGAAAUUUAGAUUUCUGGGCUUAAAAUUCGCAUUUUAUAAUUUUCUGUUGGUUUAAUAUACCAUUUUUUUGACAUAAUUAAAAAAUACCAAUUUUAAAGUCAGAACAAAUUAGCUAUGAACGAAGUCAGUAUAAUUCAAUUUUUGAGCUUGAAUUUAAUCGUACGAAUACUACAAGUAAGAUACAAAAAUGAAUACAAAAAUAAGAUACAAAAAUCAAAAAUUUAGAAUGAAGUCAGUAUCAAUGAAGAUAAUAACAAGCUUUAAAAUGAAGUCAUUAUCAAAAAGAAAAAAAUAUUGGCUAGUAAAAUAUUUAGUCGAUGAUUUUAAUUUAAGAAAAGUCUUUGGAAAACGUAUUGAAUGAAAAGAUGAUAGAAUGACAGAGAACGAUAAGGAGGAUUGUACAAAGUGUUCAUUGUAAUAUAAGGAAAUAUUUUCUUUUAAGAAGCUAUAUGUUGUACAGAAAGAAGGCGAGUCAUUUCUAAAGAGAAGUCUAAAACUUUGGCACGAGUGCAAUGGAAAGACUGUACAAAGUGUUCUUCCGCAAAAAAACGUGUUCUAGAAAAAUUAGGACUGAUCUUGCAAUUAAAUAUGUUGCACAUAUACAGAGUGUUCCAAAGUUUAAUAUUCAAACUUCAAACCAAUUUCUGUUAAAAAUUUUAUAGGCGUAAAGCAAUAUAUUUUCAGAGAUUCAAAUGAUUUUUCGAAAAAUAUAUAAAUAAAAGUUUCUAUACUCUAUAAAAUAUUUUUUUUUUCAUCUUUGAUCGAAAUUUUAUGCUUUAGUCGUCAGUAACUUUAGUGUUAACAAAGCAUUUGUGAACUUUUUUACUAUUUUUAUCUCUAGAACUCACCUGCGAAGUUUGUUACUCUGAAACACCUGUAUAAUAUUAGAAACAUGUUUUAUAAAAUAUACAGAACUUCCCUUCGCAUAAAAAAGAUCGUUAAGGCUGUAGAAAAGUUUGCUCUUUCGAGGAACGAAAGACCUAAGGUAAAAUUCGCAAGGCAAUCUCCUGCAAUUCCUUUAAGGCUGAGAUCUAGAAAAUUAUAUAACAGCAACGCGGAAGUAGUCGGAUUGGAAAGUCGGCAAGAAUGCAGCCAGUCAGGUUAAAGAACUUGAUUAAUUCAAUUGUUAGUUUCUUGUUUUCUUGCUCGAUAGCUAUUGGCUUUUCAAGCUUCGAGUAAAAUGUAAUCACAGUGUAGAAAGAUCCUUUUAAAUCUUUCCAAGUCCUCGUAUAGGUCUAAUUGUCGAUAUUUCUAGAUUAAGAUUCGGUAACAUAAAAUACUGUACGAGAACGUGUGUGUGAUGUGGGGAAAAGUAUCGAUUGAAUCGAGAUUAGUUUUUUGUUUUGUCGUUCAACGUUUGAAUUAACGUAUUUGUUAGGUUAAAAUUCAAUUUUAUUCUCCGCGACAUUGAAGGAACGAUAGAGUGAUUCUCCUAAGUAUUCCCAAGUCCUCGAAAUGAUGUUUCAACAGCAACGAAUGGAAACUCUGUUUGAAAAUCGCAAAAGUGUACAAUACAAAGAAACGAAAGUCAAUUAUUAAUUCCUCGUUAUCUCCUUCGUCAACUAUUAAUUUCAAUGAUACGAUACAAAGAAGACCGAUACAAAAAAAAAAAGAUCUCUUCGAAACCCCAUAUCUAAUAUUGAUAUUUGAACGAUUAAAAAAUCGUACGAGCAGCAUUACUCGCGCGAGAAAACAAAUGGAAAGAAAAAUUCGUGACGAAAAAGGAGAGAAAGAGAGAGAGAGAGAGAGAGAGAGAGAGAAAGAAAGAAUGAAAGAGAGAACUGGUUCGAAGCGGUGAUUCUGCGUUUUAAUAGAACGAUACAUUGCGGUGCGUCAUCUGUCCAUAAAUCACGACCGCUCGGACGUAAUAACUUAUGGGUCUGGAAUCGAAAUUGCAACGAGGCUGAGUUACGAUCCGUGUAGAUACCAGACGAAGUCUACUCUAAACAAAAACGCCUGUAAAAUAUGCGCAAAAUAUGUGCUCCCGUUAUUCCCGGAACAUCCACCGUAUCGACCGUUCUCGUUCGUUUACGUAACGCGCGACACGUUUUAGAAAAUCGCCUUCGAUUAUUGUAUGCAAGAUCGUUUUUUUCUUUUUUUCUUCUUCUUGUAUAUAUCUUGUACAUUUUGUACGCUACUAUUUAAUUCGUUAAAUAUAUAUAUAUAUAUAUAU